GAAACAGUAACGUCACUCCCGGAAGUCUAUUUCAUGUUUAUGUUUUAUGGUCUACAAGAAAAUCUAACAAUAAUUGAUAAUUUUACAGAUUCUAUAAACAAUGGGUGCUUUAACAAGCCGACAGGCCAACGGAAACGAAGAUAUAGACACUGCUUGUAAUAACGUGUAUAGAUACCCACCGAAAUCAGGCAACUAUUUUGGAAGUCAUUUUAUCAUGGGAGGAGAAAGAUUUGAUAUGAGUCAGCCAGAGGCUUAUCUGUUUGGAGAAAAUCAGGAUCUCAAUUUUCUUGGAUCGAAGCCUGUUGCUUAUCCUUAUCCUUCAUCAUCAGGUAAUGAACCUACCAAAACACUUAAAAGUCUGAUCAACAUCAGAAAGGAUUCACUUCGAUUUGUCAAGGUUGAUGAAGCUGAAGUAGAGGAUGAUCAGAAGACCACAAACAAAUAUAAUGUAGAAUUUGUCUUUGAUUCUGAUGUCAAAUGUGCAAUUACUAUCUAUUACUUUGCAACAGAGGAGUUUAACAAUGGACAACUUGUAAUUAACUCUAAACAUCCUAUAAAGUCAGACACAUACCAUUAUAAGAAAGGAGCCAAUCAGUUGUUCUCACAGUCAGGGCAUGUGAUAGAACCUACCAAUUAUACCGAAGAAGAGUGGCAGUAUGAUCCAACUAAGGACAUCAUCCCAGUGGUUAUACAUUGUGUAGUAGAAGAUGAAGAACAUCCAAACCAUGCCCAUCUUACAUUUGGUAUGGUAGAGAAAAGUUCAGCAGACAGUGGAUACAUACUGAAGCCAUUGAAACAAAAACAGUUUGUUGAUGGGUUAUCAUAUCUGCUGCAAGAAAUAUAUGGGAUUGAAAACAAGCAGGUUGAUAGGUCAAAGCUUGAUCCAGAUGAUGAAGUUGAUGAUAGUGGGGCAGAAUGUGUUAUAUGUAUGUCUGACAUGAGAGACACAUUAAUUCUACCAUGUCGUCACUUGUGUCUAUGUAGUGCUUGUGCAGAGUCACUGCGAUACCAAGCCAGUAAUUGUCCUAUCUGUAGAUCUCCAUUCAGAGCUUUAUUACAGAUCAGAGCAAUGAGAAGGAAACAGGCUAUUCCUGUCCAGGGAGACAAUAAUGAAGAGAACCCAGUCAGCCAGGAUGGUGUACCUACUGGAUAUUUUGCAGUGUCAUUGAUAGAAGCAUUGAAUGGUCCCUGUAAUCAAAAUCUGAUGGGAGAUGAUUAUUAUCCAUCUGUUAGAAUGAUUCCAUCAAAUGAAAAAGAUUCACAUCACAGAGAUAAGAAAAGAAAAAGACAAACAUUACAAAUAGAUUCUGUGAAGGAUUCUGUGGUGACAGCCAAUAUGAAACUCGACGAUAAAAAGUUACUUGGAAAUGAAGAACUGAAAGGAGGAAAGGAGACAGUAGAAGUGGUUAAAACUAAGGAUAAACUUAAACCACAUGUACCAAAGAUAUUCUCAGAAGACCCAGACAGUACAGAUGAAUCCAAGGUUGUAAAUGUCUCCAAUGAUUACAGUUCUGAUACACUUGAGAGCAAGGGCACACCAGAUGUUACAAAAUUAAGAGUAUAUGAUCUGAACGAGUCUGAGGCAGAUAGUGAUUACGACAUGAAAACACACCCUUUAACAGGAACCAGAUGUUCCACAGAAGAUUUAGCAGAUGAUGAGAGAGAAGAUACAUCUGAAGCUGAGCAAGAACCAGAACCUGAUUACGAUGAUGAACCAAUAGGUAAAAAAACAGAAACAGAUGCAGACAGUGAUGGCUAUAUUCCAACAGACUGUUACCCUGUUGGUUCUUCACCAGAAGAGAAACCAGUCAACAGAAUAACUUAUGUUAAAGGUCUCAGCAAAAGCGAGGGAGCAGUCAAUAAAGACACUCAUGGUUAUGAGCCAAUGAAAGUUAGCAGUGAACUAUCCUUACCUGGUACGGGGUCCAGCACAGAGGGAUCAAGUUUCAGUAGUAACCACAGCUCUGGUGCCCUGUUACCAGCAGGAACAGUAUCUGAUGAUGACAAAUCUUAAGAUAGAAUUAGGAAAUAUUAAGUAAUUUCUGUGAUCUGUGGCCAAGUUGAAUCUAAGCUUGGACAACAAAAAAAUAAAAUGUGAUUAUUAAAAUGAUUAAAUGGUAUAUGUUAUAUGUACAUUCAUGUAUGAACUUUAAUUAGUUAAUUUCAACUCCUUGAAAGUGGCUGAACAUUAUCAAACAAAAAUUGCACAGAUUCUUCUUCUGUAUGAAAUUGGGUACUUGCUAAUUUGAUUUGUUACUUGCGUGAUGGCUGGUACCAUUACCAAAACAUAGACUUUGCCAAUUUCUAAUAUUAUUUUUGACAACAGAUGAUAUCAAAUCUUCCUUGGAAGACUGGAACAUUGUGUUAUGAAGCAAUUAAGUCUUUUAUAGCUUUCUUAGUAAUACCAAAAUAUAAUUAGUGGAUUAAGAUCAACACUGGCAUCAAUCAUACUUAGUGUGUGGAAGAUGCCCCCCCCCCCCCCCCCCCCCCUGUUACUAAUAAUUUUAAUGUUGCACAUUUUUUACCUAUGAAUGAUAUGAUCUGCUUAGAGCCUUUACUUUGCUGACAUUGCAGUAUCUAAAAACAGAAAACUUAAUUAUACAUGUCUUAUAUUAAUUAUAUUAAUUAUAUAUGCUCCUUAUUUUAUACUGUAAAUAUCUUUAAAAAAUUAACAUUUGUAUUGAUGAAAAUUGGUAUGUAGAUUUGGUGCUUUAAUCAUUGACUGUAAAUGAUUAGGUUGGACAUGCCUGUAAGAUAUUGACUUCAGGGAUUGAAUUAUGUGAUUGAUGUGCUGCUAUUUGAUACUGAGUUGUAAAAGGACCCAUUUCUUAACUUUAUGGUGGAUUUGUCAAUAAAUCAAUAAGUCACUUAUCCACAAAAGACCAAAGGACAAGGAUGUGCAAACAAAUACAGGUCACUUUAAGACCUUCAAUAAUGAACAAAACCCAAACUGUAUAGUAUUCUGUAAAAGGUCCCAGGAUGAUAACAUAUGAAACAGUUCAAAAGUGAAAACCAACAAUCUGAUUCAUUACAAUAAAAUGAAAAACAAAUAUUAUGGAUAACCUGACUUAGGAUUGCAAAUAAAGAAUUUGGCUGGGUUAAAUAUGUAUGUGAAUACUCAACUCUACCUAACCUGGGACAGUUGUAAAACAGUGUAACAAUACAACACACCUUUUUGAAAAAGUGCUAGACUCAUCAAAAAACUAUGAUAAAUGCACAGAAACUGUAAAAAAAUCUGGAAGAUCAGAUCUACAAAUGAGUCAAACACAACAAAAAUGGUUAAUUGGCUUCUUAUGUGAUUGUUUGAUCCAUUUUGCCCUUUAGGCUGUCAUCGUGAAAACUAGAGUAGUUCGAGAGAAUACAGUACACAUAAAACAUAGUAAGGGUCAAUGUACUUAAUUGACUUAAACAAUUUGUUUUUAAAUGUUCUCCAAUUGGAUCUGCAUUAUAUCUGGUCACAAUCUAACUUAAAGAAAGAUGGCUGCCAUUGUUUGCUAAUAGUUUUAAUGUUGUACAUGUAUGUUGUUGCCAGGUAUGGCAUUCAGGCUCAUUGGACCCAAUAGUUUUUUCUUUCAGUUUAAAAAUAUCAUUUAUAACAUGUAAUUUUUUUUUCUAUUUUAUUGCAACGAUUAUAAAGUGAUGGUGCUGUUGUUUAUUUGUAUAUAUGAUAUUUAUCUGUACUUUAAUUCAUCUUGAUUAAUAACCCACCCCCCAAAAAAAAUUGUAUAUUGAUAUGUAUAGUUUUUGCAUUAUUGAUUUAUGCAUGUAGAAUGUGAUUCUUUAUUACUACUGAUUAUUUUAAUAAUGAUUGAAAAGAUAUAUACACAUGUAAUUGUGUUCUGAAAAAUAUAAUAUACCACUUUUUAAAUUUUUAAAGAUUUUGUCUUGCCUGUGAGGAAUAUGGCAGAAUACAAGCAUAUGGAUUCAAAUCCAGCUGUGGUAAUGCCAAGGGCGUGAACCAUUUACCGGUAUACAAAGCUUUACAUUAAGGAGGUAAAAGAACUGAGUAACUCAUAACUGGUAUUCAUAUGCCUUAAUUUUCUGUUUUGCAUUUGUCCAUUGUCAUUGACCUCAUUUUCAUGGUUCAGCAACAUGACAAGUUGUGAAACAACAGCCUGAUUUAUGUCAAAAUAAUAAACUAACAAUGGAUAUAACAGACAGCAACCAAUGACAACAACUGAAUUACAGGCUCCUUACUUGAGAAGGCAUGUACAGAAUAUGGCAAGGUUAAAUACCUAUGCUCUCAACCCUCCUGUAACCCAGGACAAUAUUAAGUUUAUAUAUUGCAGGAAUUUUUCAGUGAUUAUGAGAAAUUUGACAAUAUUAUAUUUGGUAUAUACAAUGUAGAAUCAUUGCAUUGUAUACAUUUUCAAAAGACAGCUAUUACCUGACCUUGACACCAUUUCAUGGUUGUUAUCACUUUGAGUUUUUUUUUAUAAGGUCCAUUUCUGAAACCCCAUGGGUGACUACGAUAUGGAAAUAUUGUCAUCUUGGUCUUCUUCGUUUUGACUGACAGUAAAACUCUUGCGAAAGUGGGGUGUCCCUUUUGCUUUACAGAUGCAUUAAAUUUGAAGCCUCUUCCUGUCAGAAUGGUGACAUUAAAUCUGAUGCCUUGUGUAUGCUCAGCAUGUUAAGAACACUUGCAACAACUUUUUGAGGGGUCUGUCGGUGACAACAAUCAAUCAAUCCAUUUCUGAGAUACUUUAAGCAAUAGGUCAUAUAUAUUUGGUGUAUUGAAUGAUUUGCUAGGUUUAUAUGUGCAUCUGACCUUGAUCUUAUUUUCUUGGUUCAUUGAUCAACAUCAGCCAAGUGAUUAGGUCAGUUUCUCAGAUACAAUUAGCAAUAAGUAACCUAUAUUUGGUGUAAUAACAUAAACAGUACUAAUUUUAAUUAGAAUGAUUAUAUGGUGUACCUGUAUGUCUGGCAGGGUUAAUCUGACAUUGACCUCAUUUUCAUGGUUCCCUGAAACUGUUAAGUUUAUGGUACCUUGAUUCUAAAGGGUCAAUAAUAAAAUCAAUUACGAUCAUUUAAGCAGGCAAGACAUUUCAGCGUGUGCACUCUUUGUUUCAGUUAGUUGAGCUGCACACAAAAGUUUUAAUUUUAGUUGUAAAUGAUAUGUUGAUGAAGUUAAUCAGGAAAUAUUUACUGUUUGAAAUAGUCAGUAGUUUAUUUUUGUAACCAGAGAUUCAUAUAUUUGGAAAAAAAUUCUUCAUUUAAAAAAAAAUGAUGUGUUUGUGAAAUUUUUAUUUUUUUCAUUUGCAAAAUUAAUUGUACUUAAAGGUUAUUCUAUGAAAGAAUCUAUGGAAGAGUUGAAACUUCCUUUAAAAAUACUUUUACAAAUAUACCUGGCCCCUAUGGUAAGCUUUAGAUAUUACUUGGUCUGGGAACACAGUUAUCUUCCUUUGAUUUUCAGUCCCUAGUGUUGACAGUGUGUUACUUGCAAAUUGAUUUCAUGCACCUUCUAAAAUUGUUCUUCAUAUAUGCAUAAAUUAAGGAAACAGUGUUUACUGAUUUUCAAAUCUUGUAAAUAGAUUAGGAACAGACAAACCAAGGUAACAAACAAUAACUAAAUAAGUAAGUAGGGGGAUGAAGUUACUGGUAAAGAAAUUGGGUCAUGAAUUUAAAAGUAAAGUAGUGAUAUAUGGUCCAGUUGAAAAAAGGUAAACAUUGGAAAAAUGAGUUUUUCUGAAUCUGUCAAGCUGAGAUAAAGACCCCCUUAACAUAAAAUUGUCCAUAUCUUGAUUUAAGGCUAACAGACUCUCAAAUCAUACUUUCUUGUUUAUUUGACCUAUUGAUACUAAUUGUAUUGCUUUUUUGUUAUUAAAUGUUAUUCAGGGUUAUAUCUGGUCUAUAUACCAGCUUUUAUAAGUGUUUGGUAUAACUAUAAAUUUUCACUUCGUACUAUGAACAUCAAAAUUAUUUAUUUUGUAAUAAUAUUUCCUUUCUCUAUUGGUACUGUACACGUAUACCUGACAACAAAAUUAUUUUCAUUUACCUGUGUUUAAAGUUAUUGCAAAUGGAUGGUAUUUUUGUUCGAGCAUAUUGUUUUUCUUUAAUUGUUUAACAUUUCUUACCGAUAUAACAUGUUACUUUUAUUAUUCUUCCCUUAGUUUAUUUAUUUUGUAUUUACAUUGUGUCAUAGGUCAAAUUUAUUUGUUCAGUGUAUGUUCAAUGGUGUUAAUAUGUCCUUUGAUUGAGUUAAGCUAUUUCAGUUGAUAUUUUAUAGUGUGUCUUUCUAUGUUGUGAUGUUACACUAUUGUUUCAGGAAAAAGGGUGAAGGUUUGGUACCAUUAAAACAUUUAAACCCGCUGCAUAUGUUUGCACCUGUCCUAAGUCAGGAAUCUGAUGUUCAGUAGUUGUCGUUUGUUGAUGUGGUUCAUAAGUGUUUCUCGUUUCUCGUUUUUUAUAUAGAUUAGACCAUUGGUUUUCCCGUUUGAAUGGUUUUACACUAGUAAUUUUUUUGGGGCCCUUUAUAGCUUACUGUUCGGUGUGAGCCAAGGCUCUGUGUUGAAGACCGUACUGUGACCUAUAAUGGUUUACUUUUAUAAAUUUUUACUUGGAUGGAGAGUUGUCUCAUUGGCACUCAUACUACAUCUUCUUAUAUCUAUUUUCUAUGAUUUUGAUAUAAUUUGUACAAAAAGUAGUACAGUGUAAAAAUCUAAAGGAGAAAAAGCAGGUGGGAUAUUUUUGAUACUAUAAAUUCAGAAAUUAUUGCAAGGUUUUUAUUAAUGCGAAUAAUGCGACUGGGUGAGUAUCACAAUAAUAAGAACUCACAUUCUGAUAACAGAAACAUAUACUGUAUGCAGAUUUUUUCAAAAUCGCAAUAAUUAAACUCGCAUUUUUGUCAAUUCUUGAAAAAUUGCAAUAAUAAAUGCACGUAAUAAUUUCUGAAUUUACAGUACACAUAUAUUUUUUCUAAAAAAUACAAAAUAACUGUGUUCUCUGGCCACUUGGCAUCCAUCAUACAUACAAUUUUCCAAUUUUCAUCUUUUCUGAAACCACUUUCCCAAAGCUUUUAUGCCUAAUGUAUUGAAGGUCUUCUACAAACAAUCCUUGUUUGGUUCCAAACGGAUAAUAAAUGUAACCAAAAGAAGCAAUGUUAUAAAACUCUUUUCCUUUGAACUUGUAGGUUAUAAAAGAUGCAAAAAUAGAUUAUAUGUCCAAAAUUGUAAGUUGAAUUAUUUGGUAGUGUAAAAUUGAUAUCGCUUAAAACAAUAAAAUUAUGUCAGUAUUUUGUAAAAAUUAAACAUUUGUAAAUAAGUCCAGAAAUCAUUCAGUUAUGGUAAUUUAUUGUUAUAUGCUGUGAAAUAAUUGUUGUCAAUAAAAGCACAAAAAAUCUUAA